AUGAAACAUUUAUUUGUACUGUUGUUUCUCUUUUGCGUUUCUUAUGCAGAGAAGGGAUUUAUCGAGUAAUUAUUUGAAAAAGCCUUUAAACAUAAAUCUAAUGAGAAUCAAAUAUAUUCACAUUCUUUGGCUUAGCAAUUCUUUCAUUAUACCAAGAUUGCUGUAUGUCAUCCUGAGGAAAUAGCUAAUUGGGAUUGUGGAUAUUAUUGUCAAUAACAUCCUGAUAUGGUCGAUGUUCAGGCUUUCGCAGGAAAUUAUUCAAGUUAAGCCUAUUGUGGUUAUAAUCCAAAAGAAAAUUACAUUGUAUUAGUUUAUAGAAGUACUUAGGAUUUGACCAAUUGGAUCAACAAUGUAAAGUUCUUUAAAUAAGAAUUUGGAGAUUGUAAAGAUUGUGCUGUUCAUCUUGGAUUCUGGGAAACCUACACAGCAAUUUCUAAUGAAAUGAUUAAUUGCACUAAAACACUCAGAUAGAAAUAUCCCAAAUCAAAAGUCUUAAUUACUGGUCACUCAUUAGGAGGUGCUAUUGCAGCAUUGAUGGCAGUUGACGUCACAAGGCUCGGAAUUUAAGUAGACAACUUUUUCACAUAUGGUGCCCCAAGAGUAGGCAACAUAGAAUUUGCCACUUGGUUUAUUAAUUAUGUAAUCCCCAAGGAAUAUUGGAGAGUUACUCAUAAUGCAGAUACUGUUGUUCAUACACCUCCAAUGAAUUUUUAUUACUCCCAUCUCCCAUAAGAAGUGUGGUAUAAUGAAGAAAACACCUCCUUCAAGCUUUGCUAAUAAGGAUUGGUAGAAGAUGACACAUGUUCAAACAGUCUUUGGUGGUAUUCUAUUUCAGAUCAUACAUCCUACUUCAAUGAAUUUUAGGAAUGUAAGACUCCAUUCGUUCAUCACAAUGAAACCAUGCAUUUCAUUGGAAGGUAAAGUGAUCAAUAAAAUAAUUAUGCCAACCUAAUUGAAUAGUAAAUAGAAUGA